CGGCGCUGCCCCGCUCGGCUGCGCUCGGCGGGACGCGGCGCGGGCGGGCGGGCGGCCGGGCUGGUUCGGGCCGCGCCGCCCCGCGCAACCACAGCCGCGCUGAGACGAGGGGAGAGAGGGGACGAGAUGGCGUCGUGCGUGGGGAGCCGGACCCUGAGCAAGGACGACGUAAACUACCGCCUGCACUUCCGCAUGAUCAACGAGCAGCAGGUGGAGGACAUCACGCUGGAGUUCUUCUACCGCCCGCACACCAUCACCCUCCUCAGCUUCACCAUCCUCAGCCUCAUGGCCUUCGCCUUCACCAGGGAUGAUUCUGUACCAGAGGAUAAUAUUUGGAGGGGUAUCCUCUCUGUGAUUUUCUUCUUUCUAAUCAUCAGUGUUCUAGCUUUUCCUAAUGGACCCUUUACACGUCCUCAUCCUGCUCUAUGGAGGAUGGUUUUUGGUCUCAGUGUGCUUUAUUUUCUGUUCCUGGUAUUCGUGCUCUUCCUCAACUUUGAGCAGGUAAAAGCUGUGAUGUACUGGCUGGACCCUAAUCUUCGAUAUGCCACAAGGGAAGCAGAUAUUAUGGAGUAUGCAGUGAACUGUCAUGUUAUCACCUGGGAGAGAAUCCUCAGCCACUUUGAUAUAUUUGCUUUUGGACAUUUCUGGGGGUGGGCUAUGAAGGCUUUGCUGAUCCGCAGCUAUGGGCUCUGCUGGACUAUUAGCAUCACCUGGGAGCUCACUGAGCUCUUCUUCAUGCACCUUCUGCCUAAUUUUGCUGAAUGCUGGUGGGAUCAAGUCAUUUUGGACAUCCUGCUUUGUAACGGGGGUGGCAUCUGGUUGGGCAUGGUAGUUUGUCGUUUCUUGGAGAUGAGGACCUAUCACUGGGCAAGCUUCAAGGACAUUCACACAACCACAGGGAAAAUCAAAAGGGCUGUAUUACAGUUCACCCCAGCCAGCUGGACCUACGUCCGCUGGUUUGACCCAAAGUCUUCAUUUCAGAGAGUGGCUGGAGUCUACCUUUUCAUGAUUAUUUGGCAGCUAACUGAGUUGAACACAUUCUUUUUGAAACAUAUCUUUGUGUUCCAAGCAAGCCACCCUUUAAGCUGGGGGAGAAUUCUCUUCAUAGGAAUCAUUACAGCACCCACUGUCAGGCAAUACUAUGCUUACCUCACAGACACACAGUGCAAGAGGGUGGGAACUCAGUGCUGGGUGUUCGGGGUAAUUGCCUUCCUUGAAGCUAUUGUGUGCAUAAAGUUUGGACAAGAUCUUUUUUCCAAAACACAAAUACUGUAUGUUGUGUUUUGGCUUCUCUGUGUGGCCUUUACAACUUUCCUGUGUUUAUAUGGAAUGGUUUGGUAUGCAGAGUACUAUGGCCACCGAGAAAAGACCUUAUCAGAAAGUGAAGACAGUCCAUACAGUCCAGAUGCUUCCUGGCUUCAUUCUAAAUUCAGCAGAGCAGGUCCUGACAAUAGUCCACCAAAACAUUCAGUCAAUAGUGAAAGCCAUUCAUCUAGAAGGAGGAGUCGACACUCCAAAUCAAAAGUAUCAAAUGGAAUUGGCAAGAAAUAAGAAUGGUAUCUAUAGACAUCCUGCAGUGUGGCCAGAAGUGACAAGGAAGAUCAGACAUGGCACUGAAUUACCAAAUGGAAGAUUGAUUUUUAAAUUAAAGUUUAAAAAAGGAGAUGUUGAAGAGAAGGAUGAUGAAGAUGGAGCCACCAGUGUAGUGCAGAUCGUUGCCUGAUGACACUUGCCAUUCACUGAUAUAAAUCUAGUUUCUUCAGUGUGUGGCAUCAAAAGUUGAUGAGGGGUAUAUUGGAAAAAAAAGUCAUUUUAUCAUAGCAGGUAUUCCCUGUUUUGUGUGCAGGUGUUGCAAGGCCAUUUUUAAUAGACUAGUUGAGGAUUUCAACCCAAAGGUUAGUAAACUGAUACUGAAGUUGGUGUAGUUGAUUGAAUUUUUUUUGGUUUGGUUUAUUGUGUUUUUUCUAGAAGAGUAUGCAACCCUUUGACUAAAAGUAGCUCUGCCCUUCUUUCUCAGUCUCACAACAAAACUUUCCCAUGCAACUGUUAGUAAGUAUUUAAAAAUUUCGUAUUGCUUGCUUUUAUUUAAAGGCUCUUUAGCCCUUAUGUCAGGGUUUUACCAGGAAGGAAAUGGGUCCAGGUUUCUUGUAAAGGAUGUGAAAUUGAUCUUCAAACACAGAGAUUUUUUUUGUUCUGUAUUGUCCUCCUGCUUGAGUCGUACAUAUUCAAUUUUUUAAAAUUUUUAAAAUACAUAUAUAAAAAUCUGCGUCAUAGUAGAGGGCCACGCCUCCUGUCCUCAGUGACAAAGGUCAUGUUAUUUCAUUGUUUUUCCUCCUCUACUCUAGUGUGUUUUGCAUUUUCAAGUGUAAAUAUGUCUUUUUUUCAUCUGUGCCACAUUGUGUACAAUGUUUCUUCCUACUUCCUUCUAUUUGCUUCCAUCCUAGCUGGACCCAGAAAUCCUAUUGUCUUCAGACUGAUACCAGAAACUGCUUUGAAGGCUCAGAUGCCCUACUGAGCUUGGUGAUAAGGCAGUUUUUUGCUGAAGCUGAGUUGUUUACUAUCUCCAUAAAUGUAAUUAUUUGUGAAGACUUGCAGUAGUCAUUGGUGUCUGAGCGGCAGCAUGAUGUGAUAGACCCCAUUGCACUGGUGUUUCCUGUCGUGUAUCAGAUACUCAAAAGCCAAGUCUCUUUCUUUUCUUUCU